AUGUCGCCGCUUGUGCGGGACUGGGAAACGAUCGCCAGAGGAGUUAUGGGGCCGCUUCGGCUGCCGCGCAACCCGAUUGCGAUGGGGCGAUUUGGGUUGCGGGCAAUGCGCUCGGCGCGUGGGUUUGCAAAUGCUGGCUGCGACAGAGCGCGGGCGGGCGUUGUUUGCGGGCAUUGCGGCGCACUCGGUUACGCCGCUGGAGUUCAGGGAUCGGCUGCGGCGGGGCUUAUGCUGCAGAUCGCCGGGCAUGCGGUCGGGUGGCCGCUGCCGCGCGGUGGAGCGCAGAGCAUCACCGACGCGAUGGUGUCGUACUUGGAAUCAUUGGGCGGUGAGGUCGUUACGGGUGUCAGGGUGGAAUCGCUGGAGGAACUGCCGGGCGUCGGAGUUGCGCUGCUGGAUGUGGGAGCGCGACAACUGGCUAGCAUCGCAGGCGACGCGCAAAGCUGGAGGCUUUUCCGCUACGGUCCUGGGGUAUUCAAGAUGGACUGGGCGCUUGAGGGGCCGAUACCGUGGUCGGCGUUGGAUUGCUCGUUCGCGGGGACGGUGCAUGUGGGCGGGACGCUGGAGGAGAUUGCGGCGGCAGAAGCGGCAGUCUGGCGCGGGGAGCAUCCUGAACGGCCUUUCGUACUUGUUGCGCAGCCUAGCAUGUUCGAUGAUACGCGCGCGCCUCAACUCAGGCAUGUCGCGUGGGCGUACUGCCAUGUGCCGAAUGGGUCGGACUUCGAUAUGACGGAGCGCAUCGAGAAUCAGAUUGAGCGGUUUGCGCCCGGAUUCAGGGAGCGAAUACUGGCUCGGAGUGUGAUGAAGACGUCGGAUAUCGAAGAUUACAACGCGAAUUAUGUGGGCGGGGACAUCGCUGGUGGCGCGAAUACCUUGCGGCAAUUGUUCGCGCGACCUGUGUCGGCGUUUUCGCCUUACAGGACGCCGAUCGAGGGAGUGUACCUGUGUUCGGCUUCGACUCCGCCGGGUGCGGGCGUGCAUGGCAUGUGUGGAUAUUGGGCGGCGCUUGACGCGCUGAAGUGGCUGCGAACUCACUGA